AUGCAAGAAGAGGAAAAACUCACAGAAUGUCUUUCGACCCUGAGAGAGUUUGGUGUUGAGCCUGUAACGCCUACUCGUAGCUCGAAGAUCCAAAAACCUAAAACGAAUUUGGUCCCUGAUGGUGGCCUGUGGCUUCGCAUCGACUGA